CACUGGCUGUGCCUCUCCGGCUGCCAGCAUAGGGCGCAGCUCCCCCCCGGGAGCCAGGUGUUUGGAUCCCUGGAGACGCCGCCGGCCCUCGGGGAGGCAGCCACACUGAGGACCCCCCACACCUCUCUCCAGAUCCAUGGGAACCCUGAACCCCACCAGUCCCAUCCACCUCCAGCCCCCCAAAGAUGGACUGAAGCCGGCUACUGGCCAGACGGACAUGCUGGAUACUAAGGUGAUGAGCCUUCGCUGAGGAAGCCCGGCCCUGUUGCCUCGAGGAAGGGGCUGCUCCUGCCCACUGACCCACCAUGAAUAUCUCGGCCCCUUCCGCCGCCAGCCCCAACAUCACCAUCUUAGCUUCGGGCAGGGGGCCCUGGCAAAUGGCCUUCAUCGGGAUCACCACAGGCCUCCUGUCAUUGGCCACAGUGACAGGCAACCUGCUGGUCCUCAUCUCCUUCAAGGUCAACACGGAGCUGAAGACGGUUAAUAACUACUUCUUGCUGAGCCUGGCUUGUGCGGACCUCAUAAUCGGCACUUUCUCCAUGAACCUCUAUACCACGUAUCUUCUCAUGGGCCACUGGGCCCUGGGCACUCUGGCCUGCGACCUCUGGCUGGCCUUGGACUAUGUGGCCAGCAACGCGUCCGUCAUGAAUCUCCUGCUUAUCAGUUUUGACCGCUACUUCUCCGUGACCCGGCCCCUGAGCUAUCGGGCCAAGCGUACCCCACGUCGGGCAGCCCUGAUGAUCGGCCUGGCCUGGCUGGUCUCCUUCGUCCUCUGGGCUCCAGCCAUUCUCUUCUGGCAGUACCUGGUUGGGGAGCGGACGGUGCUGGCCGGGGAGUGCUACAUCCAGUUUCUCUCCCAGCCCAUCAUCACCUUUGGCACGGCCAUGGCCGCCUUCUACCUCCCAGUCACCGUCAUGUGUACGCUUUAUUGGCGCAUCUACCAGGAGACAGAGAACCGGGCCCGGGAGCUGGCAGCCUUGCAGGGCUCCGAGACCCCGGGGAAAGGAGGAGGCAGUAGCAGCAGUUCUGAGCGGUCCCAACCAGGGGCUGAGGGUUCAGCCGAAAGUCCAUCGGGCCGCUGCUGUGGCUGCUGCAGAACACCCCGGCUUCUGCAGGCCUAUAGCUGGAAGGAGGAAGAGGAGGAGGAGGAAGGCUCCAUGGAGAGCCUCACAUCCUCCGAGGGAGAGGAACCCGGUUCUGAGGUGGUAAUCAAGAUGCCCAUGGUGGACCCUGAGGUGCAGGCCCCCGCCAAGCCACCACCCCGGAGCUCCCCAAAUACAGUCAAGAGGCCCACCCGUAAGGGGCGUGAGAGAGCGGGCAAGGGCCAGAAGCCCCGUGGGAAGGAGCAGCUGGCCAAGAGGAAGACCUUCUCGCUGGUCAAGGAGAAGAAGGCGGCGCGGACCCUGAGCGCCAUCCUGUUGGCCUUCAUCCUCACCUGGACGCCAUACAACAUCAUGGUGCUGGUGUCUACGUUCUGCAAGGACUGUGUCCCCGAGACCCUGUGGGAGCUGGGCUACUGGCUAUGCUAUGUCAACAGUACCAUCAACCCCAUGUGCUAUGCGCUCUGCAACAAGGCCUUCCGGGACACCUUCCGCCUGCUGCUGCUCUGCCGCUGGGACAAGCGACGCUGGCGCAAGAUCCCCAAGCGUCCUGGCUCGGUGCACCGCACCCCUUCCCGCCAGUGCUGAGAGCCCAUCUCACCUGCACCCCCUUCACCUACAGCCCACCCCAGUCCCCCGGCUAGGGCCCUCCAGGCCCCAACCAGGGUCACCCUCCAGGAUAGCCCAGAGACAGUCUGCCAGCCUGCCAGCCUGCCAGCAGACUUGGCUGGGCCCAGGCAGAGGGCAGAAGCCGGGGAAACUGGU